UCCAUCCUCCCCGCGGACCGACAGCCGCGAACCGCCGGGGGGCGGGGGAUGCCGGGCUGCCGCAUCAGCGCCUGCGGCCCCGGGGCCCAGGAAGGGACGGCAGAACCGGGGUCCCCGCCGCCGCCGCCCCGCGAGCCCCAGCCAUCCCCUCAGCCCCCGCCCCCAACUCCGACCUCGACCCCGACCCCGGCUCAGGCCCCGCAGCUGCCGGAAGCAGCCCGGGGCUCCGCAGGUGCGGCCGGGGGGCAGGAGCUACAGCGCUGGCGCCAGAGCGCUAGCGGGGCCGCGGGGGUCACCGGGCCCGGCGGGGGCGCGGGCGGCGGCUCGGGCGCGGCGGCGGGGGCCGGGGGCCGCGCUCUGGAGCUGGCCGAAGCACGGCGGCGGCUGCUGGAGGUGGAGGGCCGCCGGCGCCUGGUGUCGGAGCUGGAGAGCCGCGUUCUGCAGCUGCACCGCGUUUUCCUGGCUGCCGAGCUGCGCCUGGCUCAUCGCGCGGAGAGCCUGGGCCGCCUGAGCGGCGGCGUGGCGCAGGCCGAGCUCUACCUGGCGGCGCACGGGUCGCGCCUCAAGAAGGGCCAGCGCCGCGGCCGCCGUGGCCGCCCCCCCGCGCUGCUGGCCUCCGCGCUCGGCCUGGGGAGCUGCGUGCCCUGGGGUGCCGGGCGCCUGCGGCGGGGCCACGGCCCGGAACCCGACUCGCCCUUCCGCCGCAGCCCGCCCCGCGGCCCCGCCUCCCCCCAGCGCUGACCUCCACGCCCGGACCCCUGGCCACCCCGGACAGGCCCAUCUCUAAGGUGCGGACCACAGAUUGCGGAUGCCGCACGGACGGCGUCACCUGCACGGAUGGACAGACUGAUCUGCGGGAAGAGGCAGUCGGGGGGCCAGGGUCCCUGUAAAGGAGGUUGAGCUCCUCCCAGCUCCUGAGAGCCUCGACUCUAUGGCUCUGGACUCCUGGAUUCUGCUUCUUCCCUGGGCACUUCCUUCAGGAAGACUUCGAGAAUUGACCCUACACAACCUCAGUGCCCUCCUUACGGGAGCCCUUCACUUCGCCAGGGCAAGGGGCUGGGUCCUGGGAAACUUGUCCGCACUAUGAAUUUCUUUAUAUGCGCCAGAUUUGACUUCGGCUGUACAAUUGGAGAUGUUACUACAGGUCCCUGAGAUGCAAUCAGAUUACUUAAGAGUGCAGCAAGCAUUGCCAAUGUGAAAUGAAAAAGAUUCCUUUUAAAGAUAUUGUCAUCAUUCUUAAGUCAUGGCACAGCUGGGGUCCCCAUUUUGGUAGAUGUCAUUGCUUUGAAGUUUAUGGGAGGCCUGUUUGAGGAAAAACGGUGUUCUGAGAAGUCCCUCAGUUGCCUUCAUCCACUGUCCUUGUUCUCCCCAUGCGGAGCAUGGGUGUGGCCCCUCAGACAAUCAGCUGUCUCCUGGUGGGGGACACACCUCUUUCCCAGGAAGAGGUGGUGGCAACAUAAAACUAAGCAAAGUUUUAAAUGAAAAAAGGAAACAUAACUAUUCAAAUAUCCUGAUAAUAGAGGGAAGGGGGGCACAUUUACUCACACACAACCCAGAACUUGUAGAAUUCUGCAAAGUGAAUGUAUAUUGAAUCAGUCUCUUGAUUUCU